AUGGGGGAACCUCACAGCUUCCUCCCGAGAGCCCAGCACAGCGCCGGACAGCUGGACACCAAAAAACACUGUGUUCGUAGUCUGGGUGAAUCUGACCCCAAGACGCAGAGGGCCUCUGGCCUGCAGCUUCUCCCUGGAAGCCAGGGGUCCUCCAGGCAUCACCUCCUCCUGCUGGGCUCCCUGCAUCUGGCCCAGGCCCAGGUCAGUGACAGCGGCCUCUAUGAAUGCACAGCCAGUAACCCUGCCGGAUCCGCUACUCAGUACUACAUCCUCAGGGUGCAAGUGCCCCCGCAGGUGCAGCCGGGCCCACGGGUCCUGAAGGUGCUGGUGGGAGAAGCCGUGGACCUGAACUGCGUGGCCGAGGGCAACCCGGAGCCCCGGGUGACCUGGUCCAAGGAUGGGGUGGCCCUGCGGGGCGAGGGGCCUGAGGGCUCCAUCCACUUCACAGCCAUCCAAACCUCCCAUGCCGGGACAUACCGCUGCGAGGCGUCCAGCAGCGCCGGGGUGGACGCCUGGGAGCUGGAUCUCAGGGUGCUGGAGCCACCGCACUGGGGGACCGAUGAGACCAGCGGCCUGCUGGAGAGGGUAGCAGGAGAGAACGCCAGCCUGCCGUGCCCUGCCAGAGGGACGCCCAAGCCGCAGGUCACGUGGCGGAAGGGCCCGUCGUCCGAGCCGCUGCGUGGCCGGCCCGGCCUGGCGGUGCUGGACGAAGGCUCUCUGUUCCUGGCCUCCGUCUCUCCCUCCGACGGCGGAGACUACGAGUGCCAGGCCACCAAUGAGGCGGGCUCCGCGUCCAGGAGAGCCAAGCUGGUGGUCCAUGUGCCCCCCAGCCUCCGGGAGGACGGGCGCAGGGCCAACGUGUCGGGCAUGGCCGGGCAGUCCCUGACGCUGGAGUGUGACGCCAACGGCUUCCCGGCCCCCGAGAUCACGUGGCUCAAGGACGGGCGGCAGAUCCCCGCCGCGGGUGGCCACCGCCUCCUGGAUGGAGCCCGGGCCCUCCACUUUCCCAGGAUCCAGGAGAGCGACUCUGGCCUCUAUUCCUGCCGGGCCGAGAACCAGGCCGGGACUGCCGAGAGGGACUUCGAUCUGCUCGUGCUCAUCCCACCUGCGGUGCUUGGAGCCGAGGCUGCCCAGGAGGUGGUGGGCCUGGCUGGUACAGGGGUGGAGCUGGAGUGCCGGACCUCAGGGGUCCCCACACCCCAGGUGGAAUGGACCAAGGACGGGCGACCUGUCUUUCUGGGGGAGCCCCACAUCCAGCUUCAGGAGGAUGGCCAGGUUCUCAGAAUCACCAACAGUCACCUGGGAGAUGAGGGCUGGUACCAGUGUGUGGCCUUCAGCCCAGCCGGCCAGCAGACCAAGGACUUUCAGCUCAGAAUCUACUCACCCCCCUCCAUCUGGGGCUCCAAUGAGACGAGCGAGGUGGCCGUCAUGGAGGGCCACCCCGUGUGGUUCCUGUGCGAGGCGCGAGGGGUGCCCAUGCCCGACAUCACCUGGUUCAAGGAUGGGGACCCCCUGGUCCCCAGCGCUGGGGUGAUCUACACCAGAGGCGGCCGGCAGCUGCAGCUGGAGCGGGCCCAGGGCUCGGACGCUGGCACCUACAGCUGCAAGGCCAGCAACGCCGUGGGGGUCGUGGAGAAGACCACCCGGCUGGAGGUUUACGUCCCACCCACCAUCGAGGGCACUGGCGAAGGACCUCGAGUGGUGAAGGCCGUGGCCGGGAGGCCCUUGACCCUCGAGUGUGUGGCCAGAGGCUACCCACCCCCCACCGUCUCCUGGUACCACGCGGGGCUGCCCGUGGUGGAGAGCAACGGGACGUGGCUGGAGGCGGGCGGCAGCGUGCUGAGCCUGGAGAGCCUGGGGGAGGCGUCCGGAGGCCUGUAUAGCUGCGUGGCCAGCAGCCCCGCGGGGGAGGCUGUGCUGCAUUACUCCGUGGAGGUGCAGGUUGCCCCGCAGCUCCUGGUGGCUGAAGGCUUGGGCCAGGUGACCACCCUCGUGGGACAGUCCCUGGACCUUCCCUGCCAGGCUUCGGGCUUCCCAGCGCCCACGAUCCAGUGGCUGCAGAAUGGCCGCCCGGCCGAGGAGCUGCCCGGGGUGUGGGUGGCCUUGCCGGGGACCACGCUGCACAUCGACCGCGUGGAGCUGGGCCACGCGGGUCUCUUUGCUUGCCAGGCCACCAAUGAGGCCGGUACGGCCGGGGCCGAGGUGGAGCUCUUUGUGCAUGAGCUCCCAUCGGUGGUCGUCGUUGGGGGUGAGAACAUCACAGCCCCUCUCCUGCAGACUGUGACCCUCCGAUGUGCAGGGACUGGGGUGCCUACCCCGAGCCUCCGCUGGUGGAAGGAUGGGGUAGCUCUGGCAGCCUCGGGGGGGAGCCUUCAGAUUGAGAAGGUGGACCUGAAGGACGAAGGCAUCUACACUUGUGUCGCCACUAACCUGGCCGGGGAGAGCAGGAGGGACGUGACACUCAGGGUGUUAGUGCCUCCCAACAUCGAGCCGGGCCUGGUCAACAAGGCGGUGCUAGAAAAUGCCUCCGUGACCUUGGAGUGCCUGGCUUCCGGCAUGCCCCCUCCUGAUAUCUCCUGGUUUAAGGGCCGCCAGCCUGUCUCUGCCCGGGACAGAGUGAUGGUGUCAAUUGAUGGGAGAAUUCUUCUCAUUGAGCAAGCCCAGCUUUCUGACGCUGGGAGCUACCGCUGUGUGGCAUCCAAUGUGGCCGGCAGCACGGAGCUGCACUACCACCUGCGGGUCAAUGUGCCCCCGCGCAUCACGCUGCCGCCCAGCCUCCCGGGCCCCGUGCUGCUCCACAGCCCGGUUCGGCUGACCUGUAACGCCACCGGGACUCCCAGCCCCCUGCUGAUGUGGCUGAAGGAUGGAAACCCCGUGUCCACUGCAGGGACCACCGGUCUCCAGGUCUUCCCUGGGGGCCGGGUCCUCACGCUGGCCAGUGCCCGGGCCUCCGACUCUGGCAGCUACUCCUGCGUGGCCGUGAAUGCAGUGGGCGAGGACCGCCGGGAUGUCUUCCUGUAUGUCCACACACCCCCCAGCAUCCUCGGAGAAGAGCGGAACGUGUCUGUCGUGGCCAAUGAGUCCGUGGCCCUGGAGUGCUGGAGCUACGCUGUGCCCCCUCCUGUGCUGAGCUGGCGCAAAGACGGCCGCCCCCUGGAGCCCCGGCCUGGCGUCCACCUCUCUACAGACAAGGCCUUGCUGGAGGUGGACAGAGCCGAGGUGGGGGAUACGGGCCGCUACACCUGUGAGGCGCUGAACCUAGUGGGCCGCUCGGAGAAGCACUUCAACCUCAACGUCUGGGUCCCUCCAGUGUUCCCCUCGUGGGAGCCACGCAUCCUAACCGUGACCGAGGGGCACCCUGCCAGGCUCUCCUGCGACUGUCGGGGCGUUCCCUUCCCCAAGAUCUCCUGGAAGAAGGACGGUCAGCCCCUGCCCGGGGAGGGGGUCAGCCUUGGGCAGGUGUCCACUGUGGGGCGGCUGCUGUAUCUGGGACAGGCCCAGCCAGCCCAGGAGGGAACAUACACCUGUGAGUGCAGCAACGUGGCUGGAAAUAGCAGCCAGGACCAGCAGCUGGUGGUGUACGUUCCCCCGCAGAUUGCCGGCUCCGCAGAGCCCUACGCAGACGUGUCCGUGAUUCAGGACGAGGAGGCCAGCCUGGAAUGCAAUGCCACAGGGAAACCCGCGCCCAGAGUGACGUGGGAGCGGGACGGGUGGCCCGUGGGGACCCAGCCUGGCCUGCGGCUCCAGAACCACGGCCAGAGUCUGCACGUGGAGCGGGCGCAGCCUGCCCACGCCGGGCGCUACAGCUGCGUGGCCGAGAACGAGGCUGGCAGGGCGGAGCGGUGGUUUUCACUCUCAGUGCUCGUGCCCCCAGAGCUCAUCGGCGACCUGGACCCACUGACCAAUGUCACAGCCAGCCUGCACAACCCCUUGUCGCUGUUCUGUGAAGCCACGGGCGUCCCACCACCAGAGGUCCGCUGGUUCCGCGGGGAGAAGCCCAUAAGCCCUGGGGAGAACACCUACCUCUUAGCAGGCGGCUGGAUGCUGAAGCUGACCCGGGCGCAGGAGCAGGACGGAGGCUUCUACUCCUGCUUGGCCAGCAACAAGGCUGGGGAGGCGCGGAGGAACUUCAGCGUGGAGGUCCUGGUUCCUCCCAGUAUUGAGAAGGAGGACCUGGAGGAGGCAGUCAAGGUCCCCGAGGGGGAGACGGCCCAGCUGAGGUGCAACGUCUCAGGCCACCCACAGCCCAAGGUCACAUGGUUCAAAGACGGCCGACCUCUAGCUAGUGGAGACACGCACCACGUUUCUCCAGAUGGAGCCUUCCUAUGGGUCCUCCAGGCCAACCUGUCUAGCGCAGGCCACUACUCUUGCGUUGCAGCCAGUGCCGUAGGGGAGAAGACCAAGCAUUUCCAGCUUAGUGUCCUGGUGGUUCCCACCAUCCUGGGAGUGACGGAGGACAGCGUGGAUGAGGAGGUGACCGUGACCAUCAACAACCCCAUCUCUCUGAUCUGCGAGGCCCUGGCCUUUCCCUCCCCCACCAUCACCUGGAUGAAGGACGGGGCCCCCUUUGAGGCCUCGGACAACAUCCAGCUGCUCCCAGGCACCCACGGGCUGCAGAUCCUGAAUGCCCAGAAGGAAGACGCGGGCCAGUACACCUGUGUGGUCACCAACGAGCUGGGCGAGGCCGUGAAGAACUACCACGUGGAAGUCCUCAUUCCCCCUUCCAUCUCCAAAGAUGACCCCUUGGGGGAGGUCAGCGUGAAGGAAGUGAAGACCAAGGUCAAUAGCACUUUGACCCUGGAGUGUGAGUGCUGGGCCGUGCCCCCGCCCACCAUCAGCUGGUACAAGGAUGGACAGCCCGUGACCCCUAACCUGCGUGUCCGCAUCCUUGGCGAAGGACGGCUGCUCCAGAUCCAGCCUACGCAGGUCUCAGAUUCCGGGCGAUACCUGUGCGUGGCCACCAACGUGGCAGGCGAGGAUGACCAGGACUUCAACGUGCUCAUCCAGGUACCCCCCAUGUUCCAGAAGGUGAGCGAUGCCACUGCAGACUUUGAGACCCCAUUCCGGGAGGAAGAGGCCCGGGGUGGGGUGACGGAAUACCGGGAGGUCGUGGAGAACAACCCCGCCUACCUGUACUGCGACACCAAUGCGGUGCCAGCCCCGGAGCUCACCUGGUUCAGGGAGGACCACCCCCUCUCCAUCGAGGACGGGGUGUCUAUUCUGCAAGGAGGCCGGGUCCUGCAGAUCCCCCUGGUGCGGGCGGAGGAUGCGGGAAGGUACUCUUGCAGAGCCUCCAACGAGGCGGGUGAGGACUGGCUACACUACGAGCUGCUGGUGCUGACCCCACCCGUGAUCCUGGGUGAAACGGAGGAGCUUGUAGAGGAGGUGACCGUCAAUGCCAACAGCACCGUCAGCCUGUAUUGCCCAGCCCUGGGCAACCCUGCGCCCACCAUCUCGUGGCUCCAGAAUGGGCUGCCUUUCUCCCCAAGCCCACGGCUGCAGGUCCUGGAAGACGGGCGAAUCUUACAGGUUUCCACGGCAGAAGUGGCUGACGCUGCCAGCUACAUGUGUGUGGCCGACAACCCGGCAGGCUCCGCAGAGAAGCUCUUCACACUCAGGGUGCAAGUCCCACCACGUAUCGCAGGUCCGAACCCGGAGCAGAUCACCGCCACCAUCAACAGCAGCGUCUCCUUGCCCUGCGAAGUCCGUGCUCACCCCAGCCCCGAGGUCACGUGGUACAAGGACAGCCGGACCCUCUCCCUGGGAGAAGAGGCCUUUCUCCUGCCUGGCACCCACACCCUGCAGCUGGCUCGAGCUCAGCUAUCGGACUCUGGGAUGUACACGUGUGAGGCCCUCAACGCCGCUGGCCGAGACCAGAAGCUGGUGCAGCUCAGCGUGCUGGUUCCCCCCACCUUCCGGCAGGCGCCCAGCAGACCCCAGGAUGCGGUCCUGGUGAGUGCGGGGGACAAGGCUGUCCUGAGCUGCGAGACAGACGCGCUCCCCGAGCCGACUGUGGCCUGGCAGAAGGACGGGCAGCCCCUGGUCCUGGCAGAGAGAAUCCAAGCUCUGCUGGGUGGGCAGAGGCUGGAGAUCCAGGACGCCCAGGUGUCGGAUAAAGGUUUAUACAGCUGUAGAGUCAGCAAUGCGGCCGGGGAGGCCAUGCGGGCCUUCAGCCUCACGGUCCAGGUGCCCCCAACGUUUGAGAACCCAGAGACGGAGACUGUGAGCCAGGUGGCCGGGAGCACCCUGGUCCUGAGCUGUGAUGUGACCGGGGUCCCUGCACCUACUGUUACUUGGCUGAAGGACAGGAUGCCUGUCGAGAGCAGCGUGGCACAUGGUGUGGUCUCCCGGGGGGGCCGCCUCCAGCUGAGUCACCUGCAGCCGGACCAGGCUGGUACCUACACGUGUGUGGCCGAGAACGCCCAGGCUGAGGCCCGCAAGGACUUCGUGGUGGCCGUGCUGGUGGCCCCCCGGAUCUGGAGCUCAGGCACCACUCAGGUGCACAGCGUCCUGGAGGGGCAGGAUGUGUGGCUGGACUGCGAGGCCUAUGGGCAGCCCCUGCCGGACGUGGUCUGGCUGAAGGACGGCCGCCCGCUGGACCUCAGCCUGGACCCCCACCCCCGGUUCUACCUGGACGACAGCUCCCUGGUGCUAAAGGGCCUGAGGGCCUCGGACUCGGGUGCCUACACCUGCGUGGCCCACAACGCAGCCGGCGAGGAUGCCAGGCUCCACACCGUCAACGUGCUGGUGCCUCCCACCAUAGAGCAGGGGCCAGAGGGUGCAGGGACUCUGGUGCACAGGCUUGGCGAUCUGGUGAGCAUGGCGUGCCCUGUCCGGGGCUCCCCGCCUAUCCACGUGAGCUGGCUCAAGGACGGCCUGCCCCUUCCACUCUCCCACCGCACCUACCUCCACAGCUCCGGCCGCACCCUCCGGAUUUCCCAGGUGCAACCGGCAGAUUCAGGCACCUUCACCUGUGUGGCCUCGAGCCCAGCAGGUGUGGCCAACAGACACUUCGUCUUGCAGGUGCACGUGCCCCCUGUCCUGGUGCCGACUGAGUUCCAGAAUGAUGUGGCAGUGGUCCGUGGCUCCCUGGUGUUCCUCCCCUGUGAAGCCCGGGGAAGCCCCCUGCCCUUCGUGUCAUGGAUGAAGGAUGGGGAACCACUUUUGCCCCAGAGCGUGGAGCAUGGGCCUGGCCUGCUGCUGGAGUCAGCGGAAGCGGGGGACGCAGGGACCUACUCCUGCAUGGCCAUGAGUGAGGCAGGGGAAGCCAGGAGGCACUUCCAGCUGACGGUGAUGGAUCCCCCCUACAUCGAGGACUCAGGCGAGCCCGAAGAGCUGUUGCUGACCCCUGGCACCCCCUUGGAGCUCCUGUGUGAUGCCCGGGGCACCCCCACACCCAACAUCACCUGGCACAAGGAUGGGCAGGCCCUGAGCAGUCCAGAGGAUGGCAAAGGGGCCAGGCGGGUGCUGCAGGUGGAGGGCGUGCAGGUGGGCGAUGCUGGGCUGUACACUUGCCUGGCCCACAGCCCUGCCGGUGAAGCUGAGAAGAGCUUCCGGGUCAGAGUUCAAGCCCCCCCAAAUGUCAUUGGGUCCCAUGGCCCCCGCUUUGUGGUUGGCCUGGCCCCGGGACAGCUGGUUCUAGAGUGCUCGGUGGAAGCAGACCCAGCACCGGAGAUCGAGUGGCACCGAGAAGGCAUCCUACUGCAGGCAGAUGCCCACACCCAGUUCCCCGAGGAGGGCAGAUUCCUCCAGCUGCAGGCCCUGAGCACAGCCGACAGCGGCGACUACAGCUGCACUGCCCGCAACGCAGCGGGCAGCACCAGCCUGGCCUUCCAUGUGGAGGUCCACACGGUGCCCACCAUCCAGCCAGGACCACCUAUAGUGAACGCCUCUGUGAACCAGACGACCCUGCUGCCCUGCCAGGCAGAUGGUGCCCCCCGGCCCCUCGUGAACUGGCUGAAGGACGGGGUCCCCCUGGAUCCCGAGAGCCCCAGGUUUCAAGUUCUGCCUGAGGGUUCCCUGAGGAUCCAGCCAGUCCUCGCCCAGGACGCCGGCCACUAUCUCUGCCUGGCAUCCAACCCUGCAGGUUCUGAUCGGCAGGGUCUUGACCUCCGGGUCUUCGAGCCUCCAACCAUCGCCCCCGGCCCCUCCAACCUGACCCUGACUGCUCUCACCCCAGUCUCGCUGCCCUGUGAGGCCAGUGGCUCCCCCAAGCCCCUCGUGGCCUGGUGGAAGGACGGACAGAAGUUGGACUUCCGCCUGCAUCAGGGCAUCUACAGACUCCUGCCCUCCAGCGCCUUGCUCCUUGAAGCCCCCAGCCCCCAGGACUCGGCCCAGUUUGAGUGUGUGGUGAGCAAUGAAGUGGGUGAGGCCCGCAAGCUCUACUGGGUGACGGUUCAUGUGGCUCCCACCAUUGCCGACGACCAGACAGACUUCACGGUGACCGUGACGGCGCCCGUGGUCCUCACAUGCCACAGCACGGGCAUGCCGGCCCCGGUCGUGUCCUGGAGCAAGGCAGGCACCCGGCUGGGGGUGCGAGGGAACGGCUACCGUGUGUUACCUUCAGGGGCCCUGGAGAUUGGGCAGGCCCUCCCCAUCCACACCGGCCGCUACACCUGCACGGCCCACAACGCUGCAGGCAUCGCCCACAAGCACGUGGUCCUCACUGUACGAGCCUCCCCCGUGGUGAAGCCACUGCCCAGUGUGGUCUGGGCAGUGGCCGAGGAGGAGGUGCUGCUGCCCUGCGAGGCCUCGGGCCUCCCCCGGCCGAGCAUCGCCUGGCAGAAGGAGGGGCUCAGCAUGCCUGCAGGGGCUGGUACCCAGGUCCUACCCAGUGGACAGCUGCGGAUUAUCCACGUCAGCCCAGAGGAUGCUGGGAACUAUUUCUGCCUCGCCCAGAACAGCGCAGGCAGUGCCGUGGGGAAGACUCGGCUGGUGGUGCAAGUCCCGCCCGCGAUCAAGACUGGCCUCCCCGACCUGUCCAUCACUGAGGGCGCCCACGCCCUCUUGCCCUGCACCGCCAGCGGCAGCCCCAAGCCUAACAUCACUUGGGAAAAGGAUGGCCAGCCUGUGUCCGGAGCCGAGGGGAAGUUCACCAUCCAGCCUUCCGGGGAGCUGUUGGUGAAAAACUCGGAGAGCCAGGACGCUGGCACUUACACCUGUACCGCUGAGAACGCUGUGGGCCGUGCGCGCCGCAGAGUGCAUCUCACCAUCCUGGCCCUGCCUGUCUUCACCACCCUGCCUGGGGACCGCAGCCUGCGCCUCGGGGACAGGCUGUGGCUUCACUGUGCGGCCCGAGGCAGCCCUACACCCCGAAUAGGCUGGACUGUCAACAACCGGCUGGUCACAGAAGGGGUGUCCGAGCAGGACGGGGGCAGCACGCUGCAGCGGGUGGCAGUCACCAGAGAGGACAGCGGGACCUACACCUGCUGGGCGGAGAACAGAGUGGGCCGCGCGCAGGCGGUCAGCUUCGUCCACGUGAAGGAGGCCCCUGUCCUACAAGGGGAGUCAUUUUCCUACCUGGUGGAACCCGUUGGGGGUAGCAUCCGGCUGGACUGUGCAGUCCAUGGAGACCCAGUGCCUGACAUCUACUGGAUCAAAGAUGGCCUUCCGCUGCGGGGCAGCCGGCUCCGGCACCGGCUGCAGAAUGGCUCACUGAUCAUCCGCAGGACGGAGGUGGAUGACGCAGGACAGUACCAGUGCCUGGCAGAGAACGAGCUGGGCGCUGUGGAGAAAGUGGUGGUCCUUGCGCUGCAGAGUGCCCCGGUGUUCCAGGUGAAGCCCCAGGACGUGACAGUGAGAUCCGGGGAUUCCGUGGCCCUGCGGUGCCAGGCCUCCGGAGAGCCAGUGCCCACGGUGGAGUGGUUGCGAGCGGGCCAGCCCGUGCGGGCCAGCCGGCGGCUCCAGACCCUGCCAGACGGGAGCCUGUGGCUGGAGCGAGUGGAGGCCAGAGAUGCAGGCCCGUAUGAGUGCGUCGCGCACAACCUCCUGGGCUCUGCCACGGCUCGGGCAUCCCUGGCCGUGAGAGGGGAGCCCCGGGGGAGCCGGGGCAGCAUGAUCGGAGUGAUCAACGGCCAGAAGUUUGGCGCAGCCAUCCUCAACACCAGCGUGCAACAGGAGGCACGUUCCGGGGUCACCACCAUCCGCAGCAGCAUCAGCCACAUCCCCGCGAGUGUGGGGCCUCUGAUGCGGGUGCUCGUAGUCACCAUCGCCCCCAUCUACUGGGCCCUGGCCGGAGAGAGUGGAGACGCCCUGAACGGCCACUCCCUGACGGGUGGCAGCUUCCAGCAGGAGUCGCAUGUGGAGUUUGCCACAGGGGAGCUGCUCACAAUGACCCAGGUGGCCCGGGGCCUGGAUCCCAAUGGCCUCCUGCUCCUCGACAUGGUGGUCAAUGGCAACAUCCCUGAGAGCCUAGCGGACGCAGAUCUGCAAGUGCAGGACUUCCAGGAGCGGUACGUGCAGACGGGGCCCGGCCGGCUCUUCGUGGGCUCCACGCAGAGCUUCCUGCAGGACAGCCUCCGCUCGUUCCUACGCUGCAACAACAGCAUCCGGUACAGCGCGGCCCAGGGCCCCCAGCCCCAGCUGGUGCAGCACCUGCGGGCCUCCGCUAUCAGCUCGGCCUUCGACCCCAAGGCCGAGGCCCUGCGCUUCCAACUCGACACGGCCCUGCAAGCUGAAGAGAAUGAGGUCGGCUGCCCAGAGGGCUUUGAGCUGGACGCCCAGGGAGAGUUCUGUGUGGACAGGGACGAGUGCUCUGACCGUCCCCGGCCCUGCUCCCACUCCUGCCACAACGCGCCCGGCCACUUCUCCUGCUCUUGCCCCACUGGAUUCGCCCUGGCCAGGGACGGAAGGACCUGCAGAGAUGUGGACGAGUGUGCGUGGGAGGCCGACCUUUGCCAAGAGGAUCAGCACUGUGUGAACCUGCUGGGGUCCUACCACUGCCUGCCCGACUGCAGGCCUGGCUUCCGGGUGGCCGCCGAUGGAGCCAGUUGUGAAGAUGUGGACGAGUGUCUGGAGCAGACGGACAAGUGUCACUACAACCAGAUUUGUGAGAACAUCCCAGGCGGACACCGCUGUGGCUGCCCCAGGGGCUACCGGGUCCAGGGCCCUGGCCUGCCCUGUCUAGAUAUCAACGAGUGCCUGCAGCUGCCCGAGCCCUGCGCCUACCAAUGCCACAACCUCCAGGGCGGCUUCCGCUGCCUGUGCCCGCCGGGCCAGGCUCUCCUCCGCGACGGCAAGACUUGCACCCCGCUGGAGCGCAGUGGACCAAAUGUGACCACCGUCAGCCACCGGGACCUCCUGGUGGCCUGGCUGCGGGCCCGUGCCCCCAAGCCUGGGGGGUCCUACCACGCCUGGGUCUCCCUCCAACCGGGCCCCAGAGCCCUGAGUGUGGGCCGGGCCUGGUGCCCGCCUGGCUUCAUCCGGCAGAACAGCGUCUGCAUGGACCUGGACGAGUGCCGCGUGAGAAACCUGUGCCAACACGCCUGCCAAAACACAGAGGGCAGCUACCAGUGCCUCUGCCCCGCAGGCUACCGCCUCCUCCCCAGCGGGAAGAACUGCCAGGACAUCAACGAGUGUGAGGAGGACGGCAUCGAGUGCGGGCCCGGCCAGAUGUGCUUCAACACCCGUGGCAGCUACCAGUGUGUGGACACGCCGUGCCCCGCCACCUACCGGCAGGGCUCCAGCCCCGGGACAUGCUUCCGGCGCUGCUCGCAGGACUGCAGUUCGGGCGGCCCCUCCACGCUGCAGUACAAGCUGCUCCCGCUGCCCCUGGGCGUGCGCGCCCUCCACGACGUGGCCCGCCUGGCCGCCUUCUCCGAGGCCGGCGUCCCCUCCAACCGCACGGAGCUCAGCGUGCUGGAGCCCGACCCGCGCAGCCCCUUCGCGCUGCGCCCGCUGCGCGCCGGAUACGGCGCCGUCUACACGCGCCGCGCGCUCACCCGCGCCGGCCUCUACCGGCUCACCGUGCACGCCGCGGCGCCGCGCCACCAGAGCGUCUUCGUCCUGCUCAUCGCCGUGUCCCCCUACCCCUACUGA